AUGGGGCUGUACCUGUUGCUGGGCGCGUUGCUGCUCCUGCUGCUGCUGCUCCUGGGCGCCGUGCUGGUGGGCUUCCCGGGACGGCCCUCCAGGAGCCCCUUCCAGGAGGAUGCCCGGCGGCCCCCGGAGCCCCUUGUGACCGACAAGGAGGCGAGGAAGAGGGUCCUCAAGCAAGGCUUCUCCAGAGACAAAGUUCCUGACCAUCUGGACGCUAUUGUCAUUGGGAGUGGAUAUGGAGGCCUGGCUGUAGCUGUGAUGCUUUCCAAAGCGGGGAAGCGGGUUCUGGUCUUGGAGCAACAUGGGAAGGCAGGAGGCUGUUGCCAUACCUUCAAUGAGAAGGGUUAUGAGUUUGAUGUAGGGAUCCAUUAUGUGGGACAGAUGGAGGAGGGCUCCAUUCUGCGCAUGAUGAUUGACCAGCUCACAGAUGGGCAGCUCCAAUGGGCCAAGAUGGAUUCUCCCUUCGAUACAUUGAUUCUGGGGGACCCUGAUGUUGGCAAGCGGUAUUACCUACAUAGCGGGGAGACAGAUUACAUCCAAGGACUAAAAAAACAGUUCCCCGGAGAAGAGGCUGCUAUCGAUAGAUUCGUGACACUUGUAAAGAAAGUUUCCAAAGGAUGUCCCCUCUUGGCUAUACUGAAAAUGCUUCCAAUCCCCUUGGUUAUGUUUUUGCACCGGAGUGGCUUGCUGGCCUUGGUCUGUCCUUUCUUCAGGAUGCUGUCCAAAAAUGUUUUGAAUGUCGUAGCUGAGAUUACUUCAAAUGCAGACCUGAAAGCAGUGUUCACUUAUAUCUUCCCUACCUAUGGAGUGAUCCCUUCUAAGGCCAGCUUUUCUUUACAUGCAAUCCUUGUUGAGCACUUCUUCGGAGGUGGGUGGUAUCCUCAAGGCGGUUCCAGUGAAAUCGUAUUUCAGUCCAUCCACAUCAUUCAGCGAGCGGGAGGGAUUGUCCUCACCAAGGCACCUGUUCAGAGCAUCUUGGUGGAUCCUCAGGGAAAAGCAUGUGGUGUAAGUGUAAAGAAAGGUCAGGAUGUUGUGAAUAUCUAUGCACCUGUGGUAAUAUCUGAUGCUGGCAUCUUUAACACCUAUGAGAAGCUGUUGCCAAAUGAAUUAAAAGUUUUACCAGAUCGAGCAUGUCUCUGCAGGGACGCCUCUCACCAACUGCCAUUACAUAGCUUCUCCACGAGGGGAAAUGUACGGAGCAGAACACAGCAUUUCCCGUCUCCAGGUAGAAGUCACAACAACAAUCAGGCCCCAGACCCCUGUCCCAAACCUCUAUCUGACAGGUCAGGAUGUGUUUCUAGGUGGCUUUCCAGGAGCGCUUCAUGGAGCCCUUAUCUGUGCUUCUGCUGUCCUCCAGCGCAAUCUCUAUGUCGACCUGGUGCGGCUACGGAGAAAAAUGAAAGCCACGAGCAACAAGAAGGAAAACUGAGCCUCCGCCUCCACCUUGUGACAAUACCUUGGUCUUCUUCCCUGACACAGAGAAUGGUUUUACAGCUUCCUGGGUUCUUCAUUUCCCUUAGCAGGGGAUGCUCACUGGUGCUGAAUCUAGCUUGGUUUGCUACUAUGGACAGUUCCAGUUCACUAACACAACUGCGGGAGAUGCUUUGUGCAAUUAUCAUAUGUAGACAGAAACACUAAGUUACUGAGUUCUAUCUAGAUACAAAAGCACUUUCCACUUUUAGUACAUAGGUGAUUAUUCCUCCAAAAUCUUAUUGGUAUUGUGCCACUGCAACAGCAGCAUCUAGAGCUGUUUCCAUGCUAAGUAUUAAUGCAGCUGCUACUACAAUCACUGUUAUGUCCCACUUUCCUAAGUAGUUGAGGUGGCUUCUAUACAGCAACCUAUGGCUGUUGUCCCACUGCUCACACCCAUAGUUUAGCAGUGGGAAAUAUAUUUGGAAUGCAUAAAGCCAAGUCUCAGUCACCGGUGUCUCCAUUUACAAGAUCCUCAGGUUUUAACUGGUGGGAAUAAGCUUAUUCCCAAGUCUCUGAAUUUGUAUUUUUUUAUUAAUCCCUUUUCUACCCACCUGGACCCUGAAGUGUUGGGACAAGAAUAUGCAUAAAACAUUCUUUUAAAAAACACAAAAAACUUUUAAAACAGCGAGUUAAAAAAACCAAAUGCCAGACAGAACAGAUACAGUAUCAACCCCUCAUUGGAAGUGCAACAGGUUAACUUCAGAGGUUCUUCAUCGAAGUUGGUGAUGAAGCGAAAACCCUGUUUUGUGUACUUGCCACCUGGCAUCUCAGUGUCAUGAGACAUGUAAAAGGGCCUCUGUUGACGAUCUCAAAUUCCAGACAAGCUUAUAUAGGAGAAAGUGGUGAUUCAGAAAUCUUGGCCCCAAGCCACGUAGGGCUUUGUAGAGUGUAUUACAGUUCUCUAAUUGAGAGGUAAUUAUAGCAAGGAUCACUGUGGCCAAAUCCAUCUUGGAAUGUACUCUGAACUCUCUUCUUACUUUAGAUGCUUUUUGUAGCCCAGUAAUAGAGCAGAAGGACAACAGAGCCCUGCUGAAAUAGAGCAAGCCCUAAUCCAGAAUUAUAUUUUUUAACACAGUGACCAAUUAGUUGACUAUGGGAAGUCCAAGAGUAGGGCAUACCAAGAGUAGUGCAAUAGCACCCUCCCAAUCAUAUCCAACCAACACCUAAAAACUUUCUGUAUCACCAGAAGAAACAUAUAAGCACCCUGAAUCAUAUUAAUGGAUGGCCUUAUACUUUAUACAUCACAUGGAUCAGAGGAUCCAGUGAGGCAGCUUCCUAUGAAGCAUUGUUUUUCAAAAUGAGAAGUGGAUUUCCUGCCACCUCUAGGUUUUUUUGUUACUUGGAGGCUUUCCAUGAACCAUGGUUUAUUUUAGGUCUAAAAUUAGGAUCAGAUUUGAAGCUAAUCCAAAAGCCCCAGUUUGCAUUAGCUGUUGUUUGUUCUUAAAUCUAAAUUCCCAGAUCAUUGACAAACAGCAGCUGAAGUGUGUGGCGCUGUGAAAAUAGUUAUGAAUUGACUGUUAAUCCCAAACUUCAAAGCAGACAAGAUGGUUAGAACCAUGCUUUGUUUGUUGUGUGUCUUGAAAUGCAGUCCGUGCUGUGGUUUCUUAUCAAGAAAAAUAUAUAGUUUGAUAUGAUCUGAACAAAAUUAUUGUAUGAAUUCACAGGCAGAACAACACUAACAGCUGUUUCCUUUUGGUUCUUGGUUCUGGAGAGCCAAUUCCAAGCCUGUUAACUGUUGAUGUAAACAUAUUUAUUUAUUGUGUCAGAAGCAAAUUGAGGGUAGAGUUUUCAUGUAUUUAAAAACACAAACUAACUUAAAAACUUGGCGUUAUACUAGAUUUCUUUUGACCAGAAGCUGGCCACUUGGAGUGCCUCUGGUGUCAUGUGGCAGGAUUCAGGUUGCAUUGUAGUCGGUGGUCUGUGGUUUGCUCUUCUCCACACUCGCAUGUCAUGGACUCCACUUUGUAGCCCCAUCUCCUAAGUUUGGCUCUGCAUCUCGUGGUGCCAGAGCGCAGUCUGUUCAGCGUGUGCCCAGGGAGGAGUCUCUCAUCCGGUCUCAGCCAUGGAUUGAGGUUCCAGGUUUUUGCCUGCCACUUUUGACUCUUGCUGCUGAGGUGUUCCUGCGAGUAUCUCUGUAGAUCUUAGAAAGCUAUUUACUGAUUUAAGGUGUUGGCAUGCUGACUGAUAUCUGAACAGAGGAUGGGCCAGAGAUGUCAAUACUUUGGUCCUUUCAUUGCAGGCUGCUACUUCCUGACAGAUGUCAGGUGAUGCAGUACUGGAUAAACAGUAUAAUUUCUCCAGUGGUGUGGGGCAUAGACAUCCUGUGAUAAUGCGGCAUGUCCCAUUAAGAGCCAUUAAGAACUGUUUUAAUGUGGUGAGAUGUAUUCCACACUGGGAAUGCAUAUUCAGCAGUAGAGUAGCAAAGUGCAAGGGCAGGUGUCUUCACUGUGUCUGGUUGUGAUCCUCAGGUUGUGUCAGUUAACUUUUGUAUGAUAUUAUUUCUAGCACCCACUUUUUGCUUGAUAGUCAGGUAUUUGGGUGUGCUGCAAUGCUCCAGUGGGAUUCCUUCCCAGGUCACCCUCAGAGCUCGAGAUGCUUGUCUGUUCUUAAGAUGAAAAGCACAUGUCUGCAUUUUAGAUGGAUUAGGAAUCUGCUGGUUUUCUCUGUAACAGGCAGUAAGAGCACCUAAAGCAAAUCCUAAACCAAGAACCUCUAGUCUAUGAUGAGCUACUCAGAAUUAGAGCAUGGAAAGAAAAGUAUCUAUGAGUUCUUCCAUGAUUCUAUCUACCGUCAAGUAAUUGGCUUUGACUGGGAAGUCUCUAUAAUUGUUUCCGUGCCUAGAUCUUUGUGAACAUUAAGACGCUUGAAUACAUUUGGAGCAGCGCAAGAUUACUGCUUCUUUCUAUAUAUGGAGAUUGUUUUCUUUCUGAUAAUAGCCACAUCACCACAGGAAGCCUUUCUUUUCUUUUUAGAAAAGUAGAUUAAAAAUUGGAGAUUGCUUUAUAGUGACCGAGACAACUGGAAAUUUAAAUCAAGAGCGAUGCUUUCUAAGGAAGGCAGAGACCUUAACUGAUAUGUUUAGAUGCAUCUUAAGGACAGAUUUAAUCAAUAUAAGAGAAAUGCAGCCACAGGGGUUGGAGAAAAAGAGAGGGGUUUUUAAUAGUGUGUAAAGAUGAUGAGCAUGUAGCUUUAAAAAGUAUAUGUUACUUUUGAAAUUAGAAAUAAAUGAACCAGUAAGAAUACAUAAUAAGGUGGGCCCAAAACUUCAAUAUAUGGGAAAAAUGUUAUCCAUAGAUAUAAAAUGUACUUUGUGUAAUAAUUUAAAAGAAAACUUGCAUAGGAUGAUGUUCAGGUGGCAUAAGGUAAAGGUAAAGGUUUUCCCCUGACAUUAAGUCUAGUUGUGUCCGACUCUGGCGGUUGGUGCAAGACAAAGAACUGGCGUUGCCCAUAGACACCUCCAAGGCCAUGUGGCAUAUCACCCCCAAAUCAGUUGUUGAAAAAGUCCAGAAUGUUUCAAAGCAAUGUUGGGAAUGGAAUACCAAGAAUAAGGAGGACUCCUUUUUCAUACGCAGUGGACUUCAAAGAAGGCAGAAAGUUACCGGUCUGAGAUUUAUAUGUUAAUGCCCAACAAUGUAAAGGUAGAUUAUGUUGUAAUAUUACCAGGAAUAUUUCUGUUGGGCAUUAAGGGUAAAAGACUGGGCAGUGAACACAGAUCAUGUCUUUGAUACACAACAGCAAUGGGAACUGUUUCCUCGAACUUGGAAUUGGACAGACAAUUGAGGAAGGGAUUGCUGAAAUCGCUGAUUUGGCCCAAAUGGCCAAAUUAACGUGAGUUCUAAAAGUUAUGCUAAACUGAGACUUUCUGAAAGAGCAAUAACAAUCACAAUAUAAUGAUUUUUGAUUAUGGAAGUAGGAUGAUUUAAGUGGAUCUGCAAUGAUAGAUUCUAUUAUUAUAUUUUAUUAUAAUUGAGGAGACUCAAAGCGGCAUAACGUAAAAGCAUUAGCAUACAAUUUAAAAUAUACAAAUAUGCAAACAUUAAAACAGAAUUAAAUAUAAACAAUAUUAAAAUAUUCACAGUCAAAAACCAUUAAAACAUAUUCAAAGUUUUUGCCCCCUUUUCUUCUCAUGACAGUUAGGAUUGAAGGGUCACAGCCUUCCUGCAUUUUUAAUUAUGUCUAUCUUCUGUUUCUUUUCCUGCUUUCUUUUGUCUUUCUGGGUUUUUUUUUUUCAUUUCUGAAUAUAUUUUACUUUUUUGUAAGUUAGUGUUAAAAGUCAAUCAAUUAAAUAAAUAAAUAAUAAAAAAUGCACUGGCAACCAA